AUGCAAAGUGACCAAUUGUCGGUCCGAAUCCAACGUCUCGAUGAGUUGUGGCGAGAGUUUGAAAGUAUUCAAGAUGAAAUCGAGGUUUUGGAAGACUCAGAAGAGCAAUUUUCGGAUGAACGCCGUGAGUUCCAAACAUUAUAUUUCGAAUUAAAGGCAUCCUUGGAGGGUAAGCUUCCAUCUCGUCCACCUACGGCACCUCCAUUGCCAUUGCCAUCGGUUCAUGUGCAGCCAGUUGCGAACAUACGGCUGCCAGAAAUUUCGUUAAAACAGUUCUCUGGCAGAAUCGAUGAUUGGGUAUCUUUUCGUGACCUGUUUGUGUCAUUAAUUCACAACAAUCAACAACUCGGAGCGGUUCAAAAGUUGCAUUAUUUGCGAGCAACGAUUUCUGGUGAAGCGGCUGGAAUCAUUUCGUCGCUCGAUCUGUCUGCCAACAACUAUUCGGUUGCUUGGAAAAUGUUGCGGGAACGAUACGAAAAUAAAAACUUUCUGAUUAAAAGACACAUGUCUGGAUUACUGUCAAUUUCUUCCCUAAAAAGGGAGUCGUCUUCGGGACUUUCGGAACUGGCCGAUGAGUUCGACCGGCAUGUACAGUUACUUGACAAACUCGAGAACAAAGAGGACCACUGGAAUUCGUUUCUAGUCGAGCGGUUGAGUAAUUGUUUAGAUUCCGCUGCGCUACGAGAAUGGGAAACACAAGUCUCUGACGAGGAAAGGCCCACUUACAAACAACUUCUCGAGUUUGUGCACAAGAGAUCACGAAUCUUACAAACCAUAAUGCUCUCCCACACUAGCAAUACCCAAUCAGAUACAAAACCAUUAAAGUCUCGCCUCACCACUGCCCACGUUGCUUCUGAUAACAUCCCUAAGUGCCCUAGUUGCAAACAAGCUCAUUUGCUAUUCCAGUGCGACCAGUUUCGCAAUCUCGUUCCGAAGCAACGUUUCGAAUUUGUCAAGAGGCAUGGGCUCUGUAUAAACUGCCUGAAAGGCAAUCAUCUUGCGAGGGAUUGCUCCAGCGGUUCCUGCAAAACCUGCGCAAGGAAACAUCAUUCGCUGCUGCAUCUGAUGCCGGCUUCGUCGCCCACGGUGACAGUAACAUCUGCAGCAGGCUCCAAGCAAUUAACAUCCGCUUUGACGUGUCAGCCCGCUGAAGCAUCCUGUUCGCAAGUCGGUCCGGUCGUAAAUGCCCAUCCGGUAGGGUGUUCGGUAGCCUCACCACUCGCGUUCCCGUCGUCAUCAAAAACGUUGAACUCGCAUUCGUAUUCGGUCGGUAUCGCUCCCUCCUCGUCGUCGGUUGAUAAAUCGUUCGAUAUCGCAAACAGUCACCUUCCAUAUACCUCCUGUCAAAGUGCAGAACUGAAUUCGAAGGUUCGUAAUACUAUGGUGAUGUUGUCUACGGCCAUCAUUAAAGUGAAAGAUGCAGAUAAUAGUUACCAAUUUGCUAGAGCACUCCUGGACAGCGGCUCUCAGCCUAGCUUCAUCACCGAGGCGCUAUGUCAGCGACUUCGGUUAAAACGUUCCAAGUUAAACUCGCCGGUCAGUGGCAUCGGUCAAUCCACUGUCACUGUUCAUCACGGUGUGACAUUAUCACUCGCUUCUCGUUUCGGUGAUUUCGAAUACAAUCUUGAUUGUUUAGUACUGCCAAGGCUGACCGUCUCGCUACCCAGUCAUCACAUUGACGUUUCACGAUGGCGGAUCCCACGCCACCUACCGUUGGCUGAUCCCCAGUUCAACAUUAGUCAGGGGAUUGAUAUCAUCAUUGGCGCAGAAUUGUUCUUCGAUUUGUUGGAGAAUAAACAAUUUUCGCUAGCAGUGGGCUACCCACUACUCCAAAAGACCGUUCUGGGAUACAUUAUCUGCGGAAGGGUUGCGGAGCCAAUCACAGAACAAACUUCCGUACAAAGCAGCCACGUCUGCACAGAAGACCUACUCGAUAGUCAACUUAAACGAUUCUGGGAGGUUGAUAAUUUCGAUGACGGUAAAGCGUACACCAGCGACGAGCAAGCUUGCGAGGACCAUUUCAAUGAAACAAUUUCUCGUGGUUCAGAUGGACGGUAUAUAGUUCGCCUUCCGUUACGGCAAGAGAUGCUAACGAUGAUUGGAGAUUCGUAUACUCCGGCACUACGACGGUUCCUGUCGAUGGAAAAGAAGUUCGCCAACGAUGAAGAUCUCCGUCUGGAAUACAGCAAUUUCAUUGAGGAGUACGACAGGUUAGGUCACAUGGAGGUGAUAUCGCGCGCGUCGUGUAGCCCACAGUUUUUCUUACCCCACCAUGCCAUCCACCGCCCUGAAAGCACAACUACGAAAAUUCGAGUAGUGUUUGACGGAUCCAGUCGUGGUUCAACUCAGCUUUCCCUUAACGACGUCUUGUUUCCUGGUCCCACAGUGCAACCAGCUUUGUACUCAACGGUUGUCAAUUUUCGAUUGCCACGCUUCGUAAUAACUGCCGAUGUAGAGAAGAUGUUUAGACAAAUAUGGGUCCAUCCGGAGGACCGCCGCUACCAGCAAAUCCUUUGGAGGCAUGAGCCAUCAGAACCAAUUCGUAUCUACCAGUUGAACACCGUCACUUACGGUCUCGCCAGUUCGCCGUUUCAUGCAACACGAAUCUUGAACCAAUUGGCCACAGAUGAGGGAGGACGGUUCCCAUUAGCAGUUCCAAUUAUUCGCAAGGGGACUUAUGUUGACGAUGUACUCUCAGGGCAUGACAACCAUCAGUUACUCAGCGAGUCAUGCAAACAACUUAUGGAGAUGCUGAAAUCAGCCGGAUUCGUGCUCAGAAAGUGGGCUUCUAAUGAUCCUGCCAUACUAUCGAGUAUUCCGCAGGAGCUGUGGGAAUCUGCCCCACAAUUAGAAAUUGAUCGGUCAACCGCAGUGAAAACACUUGGUUUGUUGUGGUUCCCUCAAACGGACAUGUUCAAAUUCAAAAUACCACAACUGACAGCGCUGGAUGUAGUUACGAAGCGUAUCGUAGUCUCAGAAAUGGCUCGCCUUUUCGAUCCGCUAGGGCUUCUGGGACCUGUUGUAGUAAACGCAAAAAUGUUUGUACAAAGACUCUGGGCUGAUAACAUACCAUGGGAUGAAGAGCUGUCGGAAGAGCACAGUGUUUGGUGGAGGAAUUACCGUUCAGACAUCUUUCAACUUCGUUCAAUAGAAAUUCCCCGAAGAGUUUUAUUCAACGCCAGACGUGAGUAUAAUCUGCACUGUUUCUGCGACGCAUCCCAGCGUGGGUACGGAUGCUGUGUCUACGUAGUCUCACCAGAUGAAACUGGAAAGCUGCACUCUCGAUUGCUCACUUCAAAGGCUCGUGUCGCUCCUCUACGAGGACAAACAAUUCCAAGACUGGAACUUUGUGCAGCGCUCUUGGGAAGUCAACUAAUCGACAAUCUUCGUAGAACAACCGAGUUUUCUAACACAGUCACCUAUUGGACCGACUCCACAAUCGUGCUGCACUGGAUCAAAUCGCAGUCCAACAACUGGAAGGUUUUCGUGUCAAAUCGUGUGGCGGAAAUACAACGCCUAACUAAGGGAUCAGAGUGGAGGCAUGUUCCUACCGAAUUGAACCCCGCUGAUCGCAUUUCCCGCGGCACUCUGGCAAGCGAACUUUUGGAAGACAAGUUAUGGUGGCAUGGCCCGAGCUACGCCACGACACCCGUCGAGCUAUGGCCACAGCGUGUGAUUUCACAGCCUUCUGGACAGAUGCUUCAGGAAGAAUCCCGCGUUGCAGUUGCACUCCUUAUCAGCCAAGCUGAUUCAUCCUUGAUCGACAAGUUCUCCGAUCUCGCGAAGCUGAUCAGGACAGUUUCCUAUUGUUAUCGCUUCUACAAUAACUGCAAGUUGCCGAAGGAGAAGAGAAGCACUGGACCAUUUACACCAAGCGAUGGCCAUUCCGCUAUGAAGGUUCUCGUUCGCCUAGCGCAAGCUACCGCUUUUCCAUCCGAAGUACGGCUCUAUCAAGAUCGUCGAGGUAGCCCAGUUAAUCCAAAAGAACUUGGUUCGAAAUCACCACUCAAAACCAUAACCUGCUUUGUGGAUACAUUUGGGCUGUUCAGGCUCGAUGGUCGACUCAAAUACAAGAACGCUCCGUUCGACACCCGUUGUCCGAUGAUAUUACCAGCGGAUCACCAACUCAGCUGGUUGAUAGCUCGCUCACUCCACGUCCAAACUCUUCACUCUGGACCAACUCUUCUACUUGCAACCAUGCAUCAACGGUUCUGGCCACUCCGGGGUCGUCGUCUCGCUCGCAGAGUUGUACGUGAAUGCAUAACCUGUUACCGGUGCAAUCCACGAUUAACACACCAGCAAAUGGCACCGCUUCCAUCAGUACGCGUAACUCCUGCUCGAGCAUUUGCAUAUUCGGGGUUGGAUUACUGCGGGCCGUUUCUCGUUCGUCCGUUGGUUGGGAGAGGAGCGUCCGUAAAAAUCUACGUCGCGUUAUUCGUGUGUUUAGUGGUGAAGGCCGUCCAUCUCGAAGUGGUCGCCGAUCUGACGUCGGUCGCGUGUAUCAAUGCCGUGAAACGUUUCGUGGCACGCCGCGGUCGAGUGCUAGAAUUACACUGCGAUAAUGCGACUGCUUUCGUCGGGGCAGAUCGUGAGCUUAAAGCUGCGCGCCAAGCUUUCCGCGAACAGUUUCGUAACAAGGAGUGGGACAACUACUGCGUCAACAGCGGAAUCACGUUUCGCUUCAUCCCAGCCCGAUCGCCGCAUUUUGGUGGGCUAUGGGAGGCUGGCAUCAAAUCGUUCAAGUAUCACUUUCGUCGCAUCAUGGGAUGCAAGGCGUUCAACAUGGACCAGCUGCUAACCGUUGUGACCCAAAUCGAAUCCAUCCUGAAUUCUCGUCCUUUAGCCCCUUUAUCCGAUUCUCCAGAUGACAUUUCCGCCCUAACCCCCGGUCAUUUUUUGAUCGGAGAGCCACUUUUCUCCAUCCCAGAACCAAACCUCUGUGAGCUGAGUUCUAAUCGCUUAUCACGCUUACAGGACAUGAAACGGUCGGUACAGGAUCUAUGGCGACGCUGGUCCAGAGACUAUUUGAGUCAAUUGCAACAGCGUUCUAAAUGGAAGCAAGCUACAAAGGACGUGUGCGUUGGUCAACUGGUGCUGUUGAAGCAAGACAAUACCCCUCCACUUCAAUGGCCGUUGGGACGAAUCGUCGACACAACCGUAGGGCACGAUGGACAUGUUCGCGUUGUGCUCGUCAAAACGGCAACGGGAUGUUAUAAGCGUGCGGUAACGGAGAUUUCCGUGCUUCCAGUUGAUCCGGACGAAGACACCGUAGAGAAGCAAUCCACUUCGUCUACAAGUGGUCUGACUGCAGAAGGUUCGGCAUCGUAG